AUGUCACCUGCAGAAGAGAAGAGCUUACCUCUUGCAGAGAGAUGGCCCCGCGCCAGCAAAUUGGCUCUGUCAGCCUGUGCAGCAGCUGUGGCAGAACUAGUGACAUUUCCCCUGGAUCUCACAAAAACUCGACUGCAGGUCCAAGGUGAAGCUGCUGUUCAUCGCAAUGGAGCUGCCACCAGCCAGGCAGCCCCUUACCGCAGCAUGCUGCGCACUGCAGCUGGCAUUGUGCAAGAAGAGGGCUUACAAAAGCUCUGGCAAGGAGCCACACCAGCCGUCUACCACCACAUAGUGUACUCUGGCAUUCGGAUGGUUGCGUAUGAACAUCUCCGUGACUCCGUGCUUGGCAGGGCUGAGGAUGAAAGCUUUCCUUUCUGGAAAGCUGUAGUUGGAGGCAUGUCUGCAGGUGCCAUCGGACAGUUUUUCGCCAGCCCAACUGAUCUGGUGAAGGUGCAGAUGCAGAUGGAGGGGAAAAGGAAGUUGGAAGGAAAGCCGUUACGGUUUCGAGGAGUGCACCAUGCAUUUAUGAAGAUCCUGUCUAAAGGAGGAAUACGGGGGCUUUGGGCUGGAUGGCUGCCCAAUGUCCAGAGAGCUGCUCUGGUGAACAUGGGAGGUACCUAUCUGACAACUUAUGACACAGUGAAACACUUCUUGCUUCUGAACACGUCACUUUCAGACAACAGCGUGACUCACAGUGUUGCCAGUUGCUGUUCUGGCCUGGUGGCAGCUGUUCUGGGAACUCCUGCUGAUGUGGUCAAAACACGGAUAAUGAACCAGCCGAGGGAUAAGCAGGGAAGAGGUCUGCUGUACAAGUCUUCCAUGGACUGCUUGAUUCAGACUGUAAAGGGUGAAGGGUUUAUGUCUCUAUACAAAGGCUUUAUACCAACCUGGAUGCGAAUGGCUCCUUGGUCACUGGUAUUCUGGCUUACAUAUGAACAAAUCAGAAGGAUUAGUGGCAUUAGUUCUUUUUAAAGUCAUGAAGCUACUUCAGUAUUCACAAAACAAAGAAGAAUGGAAAGCUGAGUUCUCAUUCCACAAGGCAUCCUGACCCCACAGAAAAUAAUGCAUUUAGGAGACAGGCAGAAGGAUCACAUGUAUAGGUUGCUGCCCCAAAUCCAGUCCUUACUGGUUAGGAGUAGCCAUGACUUAAGGAUACUAUUUGCUUGUCAAACUGCUGUAUGAAAUUUAAGUAAUCCACGGGAUAAAAUUGUCACAAUAAUACUUGCUGCAGUGAGCAUCAGCUUUCUAAAACUGUCAGAAGAAGUUAAAAAAAAAAUCUAACAAGCAAGUGGAAUAUAAUACUGUUGGCUUGUUUGAUAACAGAGAUGGUUCCUAUUGUCAAGGACAAGAGGAGGUUGAACAACACAGCACUAAACAUCUUCUGUGGCUAAGUAGUCCAGAAAAUUAUUUACGAAUUUUUGUUAUUAUUACAUUUGCACACAGUUCUUCAUGGAACUACCUCUUGUUAGCGUGAUGCCUCAGCAAACCAAGCCUGUAGUGCUAGGUGCUGAAAAAGAUUAAAGCAGUUUACCUGAUUUCAAAUUUACUAUGCACAAAAAGUGCAAGAGUUUGUGUUCCUCUUCAUUUCUAGAGAUCACCCGACCUCUUCACUCAACUAUUUGAGUAACAUCCAUGAGUGAUAUGCAGUCCUGUACCCAGGAAAUCAAAAGCCUAGUUUGCUCUGCCCCUCUUGAAGGACUCAUGAUACACAUGCUGCUCAUAGGACCAAGUUGAACUACCUGUUCCACGAGAGUCCCCGUGCUGAUGUGGCAGACCGGGCCACUGAAGUACCACUUUUCCAUAGAAAUACAUGCUGUGCCCAGUUCAAACCUAGAUAGAAAUGUAACGUUCUUUUCAAAACCACCAAAUGUUUGCCUAAGGGUGAUUUAUUAUAUUUUUUUAACCUAAAGCUUUCCAGAUCUCAUAGGGAAGGGGACUACUGCUGUUUGUCACUAGGCUUAUCUUCGGCAAUCAGGAGGCAAAAAUGCAGUAUAAAAGCAAUCAUAACAUAGAUAGAAAAAAGCUGGCUUUGAUUUAGCAGUAUCUAGUAAAGACGUGACUGUACAUGACAGCUCUCCAAGUAAAUGCUCAGGAUUUCUUCUAGUCUUUGCAACUAGUAUCUUCAAUGUGCCAAUUUCUGAUUAAAUACAGUUCGGGUGUUGUCUUGGCUUGCAGUCGUACUUUUUGUUUGUAGUGUAGAUGUGUUGUGGCUGCAUGCAUCUGGGUGUGUGAUUCCCUCUUGGAAAAAAUUCAUCUCACCAUUAUUAGGGGGUCAGAAGUUUUUGUUCAGAAAUACUGGUAUCCAUCUAGUUGUCAGCCUAAGAAACCAAACUGAGUUCCUUCCCUCUGGCACACCAUCACCAGUGAUUAUAAACCAUCAGUCAAAGCUGCUUUUUCAGUUACCUGCUAAGUGGUCCUGCCUGCAAUCCGGUUACUCAGAUAAACCCGAUGAUGGAUUAUGCAUAAGUACCUUAUCUAGUGAGUUUAAAAAAAUUUAAAUGCCUUGUAGUGAAAACCUGUUUUAACUCUUAAUAAAACUCUUUUUAUGAGCAUGAAA